AUGGCCCGCCUCGAUCCCACGGGUGUGCUGGGAGUGCUUGUUUCUGAAGCUGUUAAAGAAGUGAUUGGGCUUGCCAAGUCUGCCAUUCAUUGCAAGGAGAAGUGCAGCGAGUUGGAAGUUUCAUUGACCGAAGCAUCAGGUCUGUUAGAUGAAAUGAACAAAUAUUCUGCUGCCGAGGGCUCUCUGAGCUCCUCACAACUGGAUACCUUGCUGAGAGCCCUCCAAGCCCAGGUUGAAGAGGCUAAACCUCUUAUUCUUGAGUGCCAGUCUCUGCAAAAUCCCAUUCUAGAUGGCCUAAAGAGGAUACAGCUUGCUACCAAGAUUGACGACUGCUCCAAGGCGAUCCACGAGCUCUUGGCUGCAGCUCCUCGAAAUCUUGACAUUGAGAUUCUACAUACAUUGAAGAAGCAAAAGGAGCAUGUUGUUCCUGAGCACAUUUUCGGCAUGGAAGAGACUCUGGAGCGGGUUGUAUCAGACUUGCUGGAGUCCCCUGUAAGCAGAAAGUGGGUUGGAGUCCAUGGAGCAGGAGGUGCUGGAAAAACACUCCUGGCCAAACGAGUAUGUGCCAACGAUCAAGUCAAGGGGCAUUUCGAUCCAGUUUUGUGGCUAACAUUCGGUCAGUCGGUUCAGGUGGAAGCAAAGCAACACGAACUUGGCGAACAAAUUGAACUGGAAGGUCGGGUCAGCAAUGAAACACUGAGGAGGGGGCUUGCUGGGAAGAGAUGCUUGCUGGUGUUGGAUGAUGUCUGGAAGUCCAUCCAUUUGGAUCUCUUGGAUGUGGUGCAAGAGAAUGGAAGCAAGAUUUUCAUUACCACUCGAAAACGUGAUGUGCUUGACAGUAGAGGUGCAAUCAAAACCGAAAUGGGGUUCUUGGGAAAGGAAGACAGCAUGAAGUUGUUCACAGUCCACGCAUUCCCAAACCAAAAACAUGCUCAAGUCAGCAAGGAAGUAGUGGAGCAAGUUGUGGAAAAGUGUGGGGGGCUUCCACUGGUCUUGAAGGUAAUUGGCAGAAGAAUGGCAGGCACACAAGAUUGGGACUAUGUUCUGAGCAAACUCAAGGAUCAACGACUUAUUGCUCUUGAUGAGGAACAACAGGUACUGGAGCGACUCAAGCUGGGUUACGAUGCAUUGUUGCCUCUUCGCAUCCACCAGCACUUUCUCUUCUUCGCAGCAUUUCCAGAAGACUAUCCGAUUGGAUUUUGGGACCUGUCAGGUGUUGGAAAGGGGAAGGGCUGGUUGCCAACAUAGCAGAGGCCACGAAUGUUCUAGAAAGGCUCAAGAAUCACGCACUUAUCACUGAAGAAGAAAAAGAACAGAUUGAUUUAGAAUACAAGAGGUACAGGAUCCACGAUGCGUUGCUGGCUCUUGCUUUGCACAUCCUGGAA